UUUCACUUCCAUCUGGCUGUCCAUUUUCAACACUACCAUAUAUACUCCUCUUCUGAAGCAAACUGAGGUUUAGUUUCCAUACUAAACUACUGUUCAGAUUGGACUGAACAAAAUACGGCCUACAGAACUCACUGCGGAAUUGUGGUACAAAAAAGUAUAAAGAAGAGAAAGUGAGCACAAUGUGGGGAGACAUUUUUAAGGCAUCCAGGAUGAGGACUACAGUACAAUUCUAUAUCACCUACUUCCUGGCUAUCCUUCUGAGUGUCCUUUGUAUGAUUUUUGUCAUCUAUUGGAAUGCUACAUGGCGUGGGGGCUUUGCCUGGAAUGGUUCAACAUUGCAGUUUAACUGGCAUCCAGUUCUCAUGGUGAUUGGACUGAUUGUGCUUUAUGGGAAUGCUGUAAUCCUUUAUCGAAUUCCUGUAACUUGGCAAGGCUCCAAACUUCCAUGGAAGCUUCUUCAUGCUGGGCUGACCUUUCUAGCAUUUAUAUUUGCAGUGAUAGGACUUGUUGCCGUGUUUGAUAACCAUAAUGCAAAUCGUCUUUCUAAUGUCUACUGUCUGCAUAGUUGGGUGGGGAUCUGCACUGUGUCCCUGUUUGCAGGACAGUGGCUUCUGGGAUUAGCAACAUUCUUGUUUCCCUGGACUCCGCUGGAACUUCGGCAGUUGGCUAAACCACUGCAUGUGUGGCUGGGUACCAGUGUUUUUGUUAUGUCACUUAUUUCAUCCAUCUCUGGCAUCAACGAGAAGCUCUUUUUUGUCCUAAGUGGUAAUUCUACUGAGAAGUACGGUGAUCAACCAGCAGAGGCCAUCUUUGGAAACGCUCUGGGAGUCUUGAUUUUUAUCUUUGGGAUCAUCGUGUUACGGAUACUCUUCAACCAUUCAUGGCAGCGGCCUGAUGGCCAUCCAUCUGAAGUAACAGAGCCUCUACUUAAUGGACGCCGAUGAGCUUCAACUGAAGAGAACAGAGUGGUGUUAUUAGGUGUCAUGCAGAUUUGGCAGUCACCUCACCUUGCCUUAACAUUUAAACACGUGCUAAAGUUGACUGCUCUGCUUUCCCAGCCACCAUAUGGAAUAAAGAAAACCUUCUCUUG